AGACACACCAUCACACUUCCUCUGUCAGUGUGUGUUUGGCCUGAGAGGAUGGAGGCCCUCGGGUGGAGCUGUGUGUUGGGGAUCCUCUGCCUGCCUGCUGAGGUCCUGCUGCACAUCUGGACAGUUUCUCAGGAGCCCUCCUCCACCUCCAUAAAGACAAUAAACUCAUCCGCUGAGAUCUCCUGCUCCAUCUCUCUGUCGGACCCCGAUAGCCUGAGUCUGCAGAGGAAGUUUCACAGCAAAACAGAAGUCAGUUUCCUGCAUUUUAAAAAGGGAAAAAUAGCAACAAAUACUGCGGAUGGAGUGUUUAAAAAACGGAUUCAUGUAUCUGAACGAAAGCAGCUGGACGGAGGCGUUGGUGUCUCCUUUAAGAUCGAUCUGAUGCAGCUGCAGGACACCGACCUGUAUUUCUGCACCUGGGGCUACGUGGACAAAGUAUCCGUACAAUUGCCCACCAACGGCACCAUCAUCAUCGUCAGAGAAGAAGACUCGCAGGAACUCUGUGGACUCGGAAACCACAUCCUGGAUCUCGUCCUGAUCGCCUUCAGCGUGACGGCGUUUACCGUCAUCGUGCUCCUCUUCACCGGAGCCAUGAUUCUGAGACACAGACGAUUUAAGAAGCGCUUCACACCGGGUCGAGCCGCUGAGCCCCCCGGACCCCCCCGACCCCCGAGGCCUCAGCACACCUGUCCUCAGCACCAGCCGUACUUAGUCACAUCUCUGGGCCUCUAGAAAGGUCAGGGAAGAUGGGAUAUCAAAGCAUUAAAAGAUUAGAUAACGUGAAAAUAUUAGAAAAUAUUAGAAAAUAUUAGAAAAUAAUAGAAAAUAUUA